GAGCAGAAGAAGAAUGGCACUUGGGGCUUGAGGAGAUGAUUAGCUAACAGUGAGAACAGUGUAAAGGACUGCUAGUUCUCCUCUCCUUUCUGCAUUAUCCAUUAUGUACACCGGUCCGUUGUUUACACUCUGAAGCCUCUCCCGUAGUGCUGAUAAUGCUGAAAAUGAAGCUACCGAUGAAAACGGGCGAGGAAGGAGGCGACGAAACGGCCGAGGACGAUUCACUGGAGCAGCCGGAGCAGCGACACCUUCCCGGGGCGGCAUCUCCCUCCUCGGUGUUCGACCGGCUGGAGGACCCUUCCAGACCCCAUGUGGAUCCAUCCCAGCUGGACAAGGAGACUGUUUUCGAGUGGUUCGGCCUACAUCUGAACCCCGCCAGGCGGAUCGAGUUCGUGUGCGGGCUGCUGCAUAUGUGCCAACCCCUGGAGCUCCGUUUUUUGGGGUCUUACUUGGAGGAUCUGGCUCGGAAAGACUACCACGUCUUACGGGACUUUGAGUUUCGGGCGAACAGUCCUAGCGAUUUAGGGGUUUUAACGGACGUGGUGGACCCGGUGGUUCGGUCCAAACUCCUGGUCUGCCUGUCUCUGCUGGGGUCUGACAGCAGGGAAUGUGCUGGAAUACUCUUUCGGAUACUGAGCCAUGUAGACCCGGCCUCGUUCUACUCCCUCCCUCCCUUCAGGAACCCCCACCACCCCCCGGUCCAGGACGGGAAUGUGUCCGGGCGGUCGGAGCAGACCUGCGGCUUCUCCGCUAACGAAGCAGCCGCUGGACCUCUGGAGCAGUUGGCGCUGCUCUUCACCAUGGCCUCCCUACACCCAGCUCUCCAUUUCCACCAACGGGAGGUUGUCCGGGGACAGCUGGACAAAAUAGAGCUCUCCAUAGAGGAGGAGAGGCGUCAGAGCCAGCUUGGAAUGAACGCCCAGGAGCUGAUGGGUCAGAAGGCAGACUGCCUGCCCUCCCCAGCGCUGGGUUUAGGAGAAUGUCCGGCCUCCCAUCCUCCCUGCCAGAGUCGACGCUCGAGCCGCUGGGCAGCACAAAGAGAAGCGGUGCAUAUAGAGGGAAUUGUGCUAAGGGGCAUCUCUCGGACCAGAAUAGACAAGGAAUACAACUUUGAGGUGAAGUGGUCAGACUCUUCUUCCAGCAAUGUGACCAAAACCCAUCUGGAACUGGAGAACUUCCUUCUUAAGCUUCCUAAGGAUCAGUGCACAGAGUCUUUUGAGAAGAGCAUCCUGAGACUUCUGAACCAGGGGGACCAGUAUGAGAGCAGGGAGGUGGAGAAGAACCUCAGGGAAAGGUUCCUGUCUGCUCCUUCACUAUUCAGACAGACCAGAAAGGUCUGCAGCUUCUUCAACUGUGACUCCAGUUACUCUACUAAACAUCCCUACUGCAGAUGCAACUGCCAGCCGUGGAAGGCCUACCAGGGAGACUGCUCCGAUGCCUCCAGUCAGGAGGAAGAGUCGUACAUUCAGGGGCACAAGAAAAAGCACGGGUCCAAGAGUCCAUGUCAACCUCUGUCUAGUGCCAAAGGCUCCCAGGGCGACGUCCGGAGAGGGGCUCAUGCUGCAGAGCUCAGUGGUCCAGCAGAGAGGAGGAAGAAGGCCUGCACCCUGAGGAGCAGUCAUGAGGCUGAACAGCACCAGGACUCAGAGAAGAGAAGCCACCCAGUUACUAAAACCAAGAGCAGAGUCCUGCCCACAGACAGGGAUAAGGGGAAAGGAAAGGCCAAAGGAGCUGCCUUUGUCACGAACGGUGGUUUGGUCCCAGCCCUGACAUCUCAAAGGAAAGAUGGGGUUUCUGGUCUGGAUACCUUUGAAACGUCUUCAGAAAGUUACAGCUCUCCAUCCAGCCCUCAGCACCAAGGACCAGAGAGCCUCGACAGUGAAGAUGACAACAACAAAGACACUGACAGCCACUCUGACGACGGCAGUAAAGGUCCGGGCCCUGACAGGUUCUUCACCCACCAGACUGAUCCUGUCCGUCCUUUGUCUUCCAGCAACCAUCAGUCUCCCAUGGAGGCCCUCUGCACAGACACUAGCACAGAGUUCCCCCCUCUCUCCUUCAUGCAUUGUCUGCCCUACGUGCUCCCUAACGGGGCUGGUGACUCCGGGCUUCCACUGGUUUCUCCUCCCAGCCAAAAUGUCUCUGAUGGGAAGCCCUCAUCAGCGACUCUAAUGAUGCAGAUGCCCCUAGUGCCUCCAGCCGGCCCCGGUCCUGGAAUUGUGGGAGACCCAGAGAAGAGGGAUGUGCUCCCAACCUUUGGGAUUCCACCUAUUGGCCACCCUGCAGGAAAUCCAGCUGUGCAACCUCUGGUUCAAAGGUUUAAAACCAGUUUGUCUCACAGCCAGGGUGGCGCUGACGAGGCUCCAGGGAGUGGUCCUACUCCUGUCGCCCAACAGGCCUCACUCCAGGCCCCUAUCAGAGCCAUGAGUGUCAUGUCUCCUGGCUCCACAUCUUACUCCUCCCCUCUCCUGCCCUGCCAAGACCCCACCAGUGUCAGCUCAGGCCUGGCCUCCUCUCUGCCACACAUGGAGACUUCACAUGCCAAGCACCCCGGCUUAACUUUACCGUCUGGAAUGCCUUCUCCCUACAGCCUGCCCCCCGUCCCCACCUCCGUCAUGCCUACUGUAGGAGCACCGAUGGCCACUGGAGUAUCUCCGUCUCCUGGACACCUCCAAGCAGCUGUUCCCCCAGCUGUGCCCACACACACCCCCGGACCUGCCCCGAGCCCCAGCCCAGCACUGACUCACAGCACGGCACACAGCGAAUCUACAUCGUACAGCAACAGCAGUGCUUCAUGUGGAAGUGCCCCUGUUGCCCCUGUUAACCCCAUGACUCUGCUGCAAACCCAGCAGCAACAAGUGCCCCCCCAGCAGCCAACACCCCUGCAGCAGCAGCAGCCAAUGAGCUGUGGGACUUGCGGCUGUCACAACAACUGCGGCAGUCGAGGCAACAACAACUCUGUGAGCGGAGCCUCGGGCUGCCAGGCGCCGCUGUUCUUCCCCACCCACCAGAUGGCAGCAGCAGCACGCCAGGUGUUCAGUGUUCCUCAGCCGCUCUUCCAGCUCACAAGCCUGUGCAGUAACAGCUACCUCACCCAGGCCCACCCUCCUCACCAGGCCAACGGUGCUGCCACCCUGCCCCCCUUCUUCCCCACUGCUCCUCCUCCGGCACACCCUCCCCCCUACCUUCACACUCACCCCCACAGCCACGCAGACGUGCCAUCACACUUGCUGAGCACGCAGGCUGCAGCCGUGGCAGCCGCUGCCGCCGCAAACUACAGCCUCCAGCAGCAGAUGGCGCCAGCAGCAUCGUUCUGCCAGCGCGUAUACCAGCAUGUGUACCCCAACCCUCUGGGGAUGCUGCCAGCUGCCGCCCUGGGGGGAGGCGGAGUCAACAAAAAGAAUGGCAACGUGUCCUGCUAUAACUGUGGUGUGAGUGGCCACUAUGCUCAGGACUGUAACCAGCCCUCCAUCGACUCCACACAGCAAGGUGGUUUCCGGCUAAAGUACGCAGCGUCCCACAUUUCAGAAGCUCUCGACAAUGCUGACUGAAGAAGAAGACAGAGGAUGAAGAGAAGUUUCUCUCGAUUCGUUUCCUCUGUUGUUCCUCAGGCUCUGUGUUAGCGGAGCGCUGAAGCCUCUGUACUUCAGGAAAAAGAAAAAACAAGAGAUUAUCUAAAAGAAGGAGCGACCUGCCAAGGGCUCAGUGGACUCAGCCUACGAACGAGUGCCUGAAAGAAGUCUUGUUCCCAUGGGGAUGAUUCUGGUCUGGACACCAACAGUCCAUGUGACUCCCGCUCCCUUCCCUUUCAGUUGGUUUUUCAUAUUUUUGCACUGAGGGUUGGAAACUAUUAACUUAUUACUUAAUUAUUACGAAGUUAAGAGAUUCUGGGGAUUUUUUUUUUGUUUUUACAACUGAAAAAGGUUCUUAUAGACUUAUUUCUAAAGAAGCGUAUUUAUGCGUUUUCCUCAUCAUUACUGUUCACUAGGAUUUUAUUGUUUGACACAAUUGUACAGCAGUUUUCAAAGAUUAAGAAUCAAAAAAGUAAUGAAAGCAAAGUGGAUUUUGUGUUUGUUGUUAAAUUUUGCUGUAAGGUUUUUGAAUGUAUAUCCUCUCAUUUCAAACUAAGGAGUUGGACUGUAUCUGAGUGUGUGGAUCUCAUGCGUUUUGGCCACUCGAUAUGUGUUUAGUUGGAAGGUAAUUGCUGCUUUGUAAAUUUAUUUUUAUUUUACACUUUUUAAAAAAUUGUUUUACUUGGUCAAAUGCACUAUAGCAGAAACACAAGUGCACUAAAACAGUCGGCACUGCAACCGAGCUGAUGGAAGGGGCGACUCAUUUUCAUUCAGAACUAUGAAACUUUAAAUAGCUAACGCGUCAGCGUUAGGUUUAAGUAUUGCAGGUUUGAAACGACUUUUACCAGCUGAUAUUUUAGAGUUAGGGAGAUCCUUCAGUGUUUUAAAGUCAACUGUAGAAGAGGUUCCAGUUAGUCAGACCACCUCUGUCCCAGACAAAGCUACACGACCUGCCAUUUCAUAAUUAACUCCCCCUAAACUUAAGUCUAAAACAACGGCAUGUCCAAAAUAACUGUACCUAUAGGGUAAAUUCUUGUUUUCCUGGAGGUGAAACUGUUUGGUUUUAUAAGUUUUACUCUUUCAAAGCUUCAGUCUGCUUCAAACAAACUAAAACGUAGUCACAUCUGAAGAUGAACACAUCAACCUUCAAUCCCCUCCCUAGAAUGAUGGUGUUUGCACCUCUUCCUCUGUCUGUAAAUGAGACUGAACUGUUAUCUUUCACUUCAUUCAGCUGGUUUGUUUGCCCCAGACACCAGUAACAUGUCGUUGCCUCUUUGACAUCAGUUCUAUGUUAGGUUGAAGCAGUGGUAGCCGUAGCUAAGAGCAGUAAAGGUAACACUUUUAAUAUUGAUUCUUAAAAUCAGUCAGCUUUGCUAACAUUAGCCUCCAUAUGGUCCGAGUGGUAUCAGAUGUAUCCAGAUUUUUACAGCAAAGGCCUGAAUGUAUUGACCUUCAUGAAUGAGAUGAAGAAAGUGUUGAUUUGUCUUUCAGAGAUUACAGUCUUUAUUUAAUGCCACCUACUCAAUGAGUUCAUAUCCGCUUAAAGACUUCUCUGUGUUGCACCAAUGGAAAUGGACAAAAGUAGUUGUAUGGUGGAUGGAAGUGAUGGACGUAGGAGUCUGUGAAGCCCAGUUUGAAGCAUACUGACGCUGUAAGAAUCCAGCAUUUUUAUUUUGUUGCCUGUUUCUGCCAUUUUUUAUGAGAAGAGGAGAAUGCUACAGUCUUUUUUUUUUUAUCAGAUUCACUGAGAUAAUGUGAUUUCUUUUGGACUUGUUUUGUGAAUGACUGAAUCGGAAAGGUCUUUAGUUUUGAUUGUUUCAUGUUUUUUUAAAGAUGUAUGACAGACCUGAUAACCAACACUUGAUUACAUCCAUGUGGAACUUGAACAUCUGGUAAGCCCAGAGGUGAUUUGAAACUAUGACAACUAUAAUGUUCUCUGAAGGGAUUUUGGGAUGCAGUGUGACAUUAUGGAGCCCGAAGGUGUUUAAUAGUACAUAGAGAAGUAAGUGAUAAUAAUAAAUGAAACAAUAGUUUAAGAACCUUAUGAAACUAAGCUCAUUGUAAAAUUUUUCUUUCAUCAUUGACAAUUUCACAUCGAGAUGUCCUUUUGUAAAGCGUCUGCUUUUAUUUCAUGAUGGAAUUUGACCCAGUAGGUGGCUUUCCAAUGGAAACGGAAAGCCUUAAAGGGCUAAUGAUGUUUCUGUUUCCAUUGUGGUGUAGGAUCCAACAGACUGUGAUGUUAGCUUUCCGACAGAGAAGUUAGUAGAUGUACCUCCAGCUCUACGAGCACAUAGGAACUCCAACUAUGGUGGUUUAUGUCGGCCAAUAUGGUCAAUUUUACAUUGUUGAUGGCGAGGAGAGGACUGCCGCUGGACGAGGACGUUGAGAUGACAGAAAACAACGGCACUCAUUCUGUCAGAGUUUGACCACUCAGCAUCAAGCCCCAUUAAAAGCACUGAAGUAGGUCAUUUUAUCUCCCCUUACAAUGGGCCCGUAGGAGGUUCUGCAGAGACACUUCUGGAGGUCAAAACUGUAAAAAGUUUUGCGUUACACCACCUGCAGAUUUUUGCAGUGGAAAGUGGCCUAAAAGACACAUUUACCAUCACUUUUUUUGUUAGUGCUUCAUCACCUUUCAGCUAACCACCUGUCCUGUAAGCAAGCAAACCUAAGCAAGGCAGCACUUCAUAGCUGCAGGAACACCAGAGGAACACACUCUGAAUUUCACUACCGCUGUAAAUAUGUUCUCAUACUGCUGUUCAAUUAGCACCUGACCUACCUAGCUACUUAACUUGCUAGGUGGGGUUGUGAUCUUCACUGCUUCGUGAGUUAUGAAGAGCUAAAACAAAACAGACUGGGGUUGCUUUAGCUAACACUGCUAGUGCUUUCCUUUAGUGCUAAGUAAUAAUACAAGCUCAAAAGCUGUCCUAGCUAGACAACUAGCUAGGUGGGAAUUUCCUUUUUUGUCUAAACCUUUAAAACUUGUGUUGCCUUCCUAAUGGCAGCUACGUGUGUUGCUCAAGCUAACCAGAGCUAACUUGUUUUGGUCGAGCUAACCGGAGCUAACUUGUUUUGUUUGAGCUAACUGCAGCUAGCUUGUUUUGUUCGAGCUAAUUGCAGCUAGCUUGUUUGUUUGAGGUAACUGCAGCUAGCUUGUUUGUUCAAGCUAGCUGCAGCUAGCUUGUUUUGGUCGAGCUAACCGGAGCUAACUUGUUUUGUUUGCGGUAACUGCAGCUAGCUUGUUUUGUUCGAGCUAACUGCAGCUAGCUUGUUUGUUUGAGCUAACUGCAGCUAGCUUGUUUGUUCGAGCUAGCUGCAGCUAGCUUGUUUUGGUCGAGCUAACCGGAGCUAACUUGUUUUGUUUGAGCUAACUGCAGCUAGCUUGUUUUGGUCGAGCUAACCGGAGCUAACUUGUUUUGUUUGAGCUAACUGCAGCUAGCUUGUUUUGGUCGAGCUAACCGGAGCUAACUUGUUUUGUUUGAGCUAACUGCAGCUAGCUUGUUUUGUUCGAGCUAACUGCGGCUAGCUUGUUGUGUUCGAGCUAACCAGAGCUAACUUGCGUUGCUCUUGCUAACUUAACAAGCAGUUGUUGAGCUUGCUUGCUGAACAGAGGCAGUGUGACAUUUUAAAAUUGAGUUGAAUUUAAGUAUUUACUUUUUUUUACAAACUAAGUAAUUUAUAACUUCUAUUUAUUUUUCUCAUUUUUAUGUAUUUAAUAUUGAACAUUUUAGGGUUCCACAUGAGAAUUUGCAGGAGUAAACAGUUCUCGUUUUACAGAAUAACUGAGAGAAGAUGACACUGAACACCUCGUAGCCUGUAGACAGUGAAGUGUGUACAUUAAAAGCAUCUGUGGGUGUUUUCUGUCUGUCUGUCUGAAGCUGACAAAAAUAUGUUGAUUUUUUUUUUUCUGAAGCCAUCAGAUUUCCUUGUGACCAUUUGAUGAGAGACUCUCAGGCUGCUUGUUGGUUGUUUUCAGGGCUUUGUGGAUGUGCUGCUGGGUUUUGUGCGUGUUUUUGCUGCCAUUACUGCUCAGCCUACUGUCAGUGCAUUAGUUUAAUACUGAUCUAUGCAUACCCUGUUGUUUUUUCCUCCUAAACGUUCAAAGUGACCAUCAAGAGAUGUCAGAGGUAGAGAUAUUUCAUGUAAAUUCAUUACAGAUUCAAACACCCUGCUGUUAGAUUGAACUGUCUCCACUUUCAUCUUCAACAUAAUGUUCCAAACUUAAAUUUCUUCCUUUCAUUCAUGGCUUGAAGAUCCUGCUAGUUUUGGAUCACAAGCAGUGAGCAGAUGAGGACCAGUUGGACUGUUGUGUGGAUGAGGGAAGCCAGGUGUACAUACUGACGAAUGCACCAAACAACCCAAGUGUUGUUUUGUUGACCUUCAACAUUUGAAAAUGCUGUACUGUACAUUUGCAAGGGGUCACUCUGCUGCCACCCUCAGCCGUAAUGUUUACUGUACUCUUUGAUAUCUGUGUACUGGAAAGGUCAAUUAUAUUUGUAGAGCGGAAUUUGGAUUUUAUGCAAAUUGUUGGUCUGUUUAUUUCCUGUAAUUAAAAGCAAUAAAUAUAAAAAUGGAAACAGAA